AUACAGGAGACACGUCAACAAAUCUUUCACAAAAUGACUGAAGGAGAGUGGACGCCCUGCUGGACUCUGCAUGGAUAACACAUUCAUGUAGUGCAGACAGAAAUGCAAACGCGGUGUGUUUGUUCGGAGCUCGGUUCUGCGCAGGCCCGGUUCAUGUGAAAGGAGCCUACGGUUUAUUUUAAAGACGAGAACAGCCGCUGACAGCAUGGACAGAGACGAUUAUCUGCAGCAGUACAGCGCUGACAGCUUGUCUUUGGAAGAAAAACCAGAGAUUAAACCCGUCGGAGUACAUCAGCUGCAGGAUUCCGAUAUAAACCGAACUGAUGAUGUUCAGCAGCUUGUUGUGAUUAAAGAAGAGGCUCCCUGGGACCAGCAUGACUCGGAGCUCCUCCACAUAAAGACAGAGCAGGAGGAACUCUGGGCCAGUCACGAGGAAGACCAUCUUAAUGGGUUUGAGGAGACUGAAAACACUAGGUUCCCAUUCAAUAUUCUGGUGAAGAGUGAAGAUGAUGACGAGAAACCUAAUUUUUCACAGCUUCAUAAAAGCCAAACUAAAGACUGCACUGCAGGAGAGCGUCCAACCAGCAGCUUAACUAAAUGGAUUAAGAUAGAAACUUAUGGAGAGGAUGGUGGGGGUCUAGAACUAGCCAGGAAACCAGAUCCUAGUACUCAUUUACAAACAAAUAUUGAUAAAGGGGCUUCCGACUCUUCUGAGACUGAAGUUAGUGAUGAUGAUUGGCAGGGCCCUUUGUCAGAGUCUGGACCUGAAACUGAAGACAGUGAAAAUGGGUGGAAGGAAACCAGAAAGCCUGAGUCAGGUGUACCUGGUGAUGCAGGACACAACACUCCCCAAAAAAACUUUAGCUGCUCUGCAUGUGGUAAACAGUUUGUCUACAAGCAGUCUCUUAAGAGACACAUCAGACGUAAUUCAGAAAAUGGUUCUUCCAGCUGUUUGGAUAAUAUGAAAUGUUUUAAACGAAAGCAAAGUAUAGACUCGCAUAUCAAAAUUUACACAGGAGAGAAACCAUUUGGCUGUGGCUUUUGUGGUAAAAGAGUUAAGUAUCUGUACAAUCUUAAAUCACACAUGAGGGUCCACACAGGAGAAAAGUUAUUUGGCUGUGAUGUUUGUGGAAAAAGGUUCACACAUCACCAAAAUCUGAAGACACAUGUGACAAUCCAUUCAGGAGAGAAACCAUUUGUGUGCGAUAUUUGUGGCAAAAGAGCACGGCAUCAGAAUAAUCUUAAGAUACACAUGAUAGCCCACACAGGAGAAAAGCCAUUCGGGUGUGAUGACUGCGGCAAAAGAUUUAAGCGGAAGACUCAUCUAACAACCCACAUGACGGUCCACACAGCGGAAAAACCGUUCGGAUGUGAUGUGUGUGGUAAAAGAUUUAACCGCAAAUCACAUCUUAGGACACACAUGAUAGUUCACACGGGAGAGAAACCGUAUGGCUGUGAUGUUUGCGGCAAAAAAUUUAACCGAAAAACACAUCUUGAGUCGCACAUCACAGUUCAUACAGGAGAGAAACCAUUUGGUUGCGCUAUUUGUGAUCAAGGAUUUACCCAACAGGGAAGUUUAAAUCGACACAUGAGAUUUCAUUUGGGGUAGAAACACAGUUACAGUUGCAAGGGUUGGUCUGAAAGGGUGAACUGUUGCUAAAGCCUACAGCAGAGGCCCUGAUUUACACUAAAUGCCACUGUUUUCACCUGCGUUUAUAAUUUGGGGAUUAUUUUUUAAAUUUUGUGAUUAAUCAUUGUUACAUUCUUGGCAUUUUAUGUUAUGAGUUAAGAAUUGGUGCAGUGGUUAACACCAUCACUCCACAACAAGAAGGUCCUGGAUUUGAACCCACUGGCCAGCAGAGCCCCUCUGUGUGGCACCUUUGUUCCUCAGGGUACCCCAGCUUCUACCCACAGUCCAAACACAUGCUUGUUGGGUAAAUGGGCCAUUCUAAAUUUGCCAUAGCGGUGAAUGCGAUCCUGAAUGAUUGUCUCUGGUUAGCCCUGUGACAGACUGCUGACCUCUCCAGGUCCUGUGUCCUACCUGUUGUGGUGUGACAGCUGGGAUGGUCUCCAGCCCCACCAGGACCCUCAAGUGGCUGCAUGGAGUUAGUAAGUGUGGCAGAGUGGGCAAUCCGCUGACACCCCC